AUGUGCCGCGAUCAAACCCUUCUGACUCUUUGCUGCUGUGAAGAGGACUUGUUCUUUCCCCACGUUCAUGUGUAUGACGUGGAGAAAGAGAUGUGGAACGACUACGCCUGGUGUGAUGUUUCCGGGCGUGACGAGAUUUGCGGACUUUCCGUUCCAAAUGGCUUUGGAUCUCUCUUAGGACUAUGCUUAAUAAUUCAAAUUAUUACAGGAAUCUUCCUCGCAUUACAUUAUUGUCCUAACGUAGAAAUGGCCUUUAAUAGAGUAGCCCAUAUUUGUCGAGAUGUAAACAACGGAUGACUAAUUCGAACACUCCAUGCAAAUGGAGCAUCCUUUUUUUUCAUACGCAUUUACGCCCAUAUUGGUCGAGGAAUAUAUUAUAGAUCUUAUAACCUAAUUCACACAUGAAUAGUUGGUGUAACAAUUCUAUUUCUAGUAAUAGCAACAGCCUUCCUUGGCUACGUUUUACCCUGAGGGCAAAUAUAAUUCUGGGGGGCAACUGUAAUUACUAAUUUAUAAUCAGCAAUUCCUUAUUUAGGAACUUCAAUCAUUCAAAGAAUUUGAGGGGGAUUUGCAGUUGACAAUGCCACCCUAACUCGAUGUUUCUCAUUCUAUUUCCAUCUUCCAUUUAUUGUUUCAGCCAAAGUAGUAAUUCACCUCUUAUUUUUCCAUCAAACAUGAUCAAAUAAUCCACUAGGUCUAAAUAGAAACAUUGACAAAAUUCCAUUUCAGCCUUAUUUUUCCUUUAAAGACAUUGCAGGAUAUCUAAUUAUAUUAAUAAUCUUAAUCAAUCUGUCUCGUCUAGACUCUUACAUACAAAGAGAUCCAGAUAACUUCACCCCCGCUAACCCCCUGGUAACCCUGGUAACCGUCCAACCAUCAUUCAACCAGAAUGAUUUCCUCUUUGCCUAUGCCAUUCUCCGAUCAAUCCCCAAUAAACUAAAUACCUAA